CUGGAACCGCCGCGAAGUCGCUCCGCAAAACCCAACUCAAACCCGUCGAGACUUUCUCCCUUGAGUUCCAAAAUGCCUCCCGCGUCACAGGGCGACAGGGACGGAGCACGACCCAAGACCUAUCCUCCCAAGAAGGCAUCGCGCUCGAGUUUUAUGCGGUUCCUCCGAAAAGCCAAGAGUGCCGCGACCCCAUCAACAGCAGACGAAGACCGCACGGCUGAUGGGCUAUCUGUCUUCCACGAGCCUCAGCAGCCUCAGCCUGACAGCAUCAAGAGUCCUCAACACGAUGAAGGCUCUCAAAGAGAAACGGGGACCGAGGACUUGGGAAGAAACGAUGCGUGCGGGCGAAAGGAGCCGAGCGAGAGGCCCCAAGAGAAGAGAAUCAGCAGAAGCCACGCAUGGACUGACCCCACCAGCCCCCGAACUGACUAUAUUCUUCGUUUACUGAGGAAGAGCCUUACUGUGGCCCCAUUGCCUCUGGAAUUCGAUGAGUUGGAGGAAUCAUCAGCGCCUGUCGACAGGACGAGACGGCAGCUUGAGGAAUCUGCGCGACAGCGGUUCCUCUCGGGUCUGCUGUCGUCGUUCAUCACCCGCUCUUCGUCCAACGUUGUGGUGGAUCAUCUAGAGCAGCAUCUGCAGAUGCUGGACAGGGAGAGCGAGGCCGACGCCGUGAGGCUGUCUGUAGUGAGCGACAAGUCCAUCGAAUGGGAGACGACGCGCAAGAAGGCCAUUCGAUUCCUCGGCCGUUCCGAGAGUCUUAUAAGGCGCGUCCCGUUCCGCUCCGUCAUCACGACGAGCAAUUUCAUCACGUGGACCCUCUACCUCGUGAUCUUCUUCCUCUGUAUGCUGCAUCUCUUUGCGGAGUUUCUGGUCGCCAGGCUGCCACCCGUCCAUAACGGUGGUUCCAGAGUUUUCUCCUCGGUGAGACAUAUGAGAGAGAGAACACCAGUUGCAACAACAAGUUCGUUUAUUGGUGUCUUUGGAUCUCCUUACCAUUCAUCAAUCAGAUGCAGGAAUUUGUUGCCUUUACGGACGCCUCUCGGCCUGGCAACUGGGGCUUCGACACGACGGCCGAGUGAGCAAGCAUUCACAGAGAGACCGAGAAGAUCCUUGUGUUGAGAUACGCGUAUGUUCGUAGGAAAGGCAUGUACGCCGCUUUGUGGCUGUGUCUGAGUGUGCCUUGCAUUCUUAUUGUCGUGCACCACUCCAUCUUCUUCCGCUCGAUGAUCCGAUCGUGGACAGACAACAGACUGCGCCUGUCUCUCGGCUCCAUCCGAUGCGCCGUUCUCACGCAGCAGCGCCGUCGCAGCUCGGUGUCAAUCACGACUGGCCCUCGAUCUUCUGUGUCGAAUACGAGCGUCAUCUUCGAGCGCUGUGACUCGACGCUGAGGGAUGACAAUCACGAGGGGUGGCGGAUUCGGGUCCUGCAGUUUUACUGGGAUUGCAGAGUCCAGGUGUGGCAGCUGUUCGGGCUCUCGGGUGCGUUCUUCUGGCUAAUGCACUUCUGCGGUGAGCCGAUGGAUGGAUGUGAUGUCUCAUUGCUGCGGGUGGUGUCAUAUCUUUCUACAUUUGUCUGUGCAGAUGAGACGUUGGACAUGUGUCUUCAGCUGUAUACGUGUUUGAGACUGGGAGGCAUAGAUCUACUCAAGACACACGUGUGUACACGCGCAUACACACACAGAGCCACUUUCCACGUUCCAUGGUCGUCUGCCCCUUACCGGCUGUGUGGUUGGGUGCAGGAUGUGCCAGCGUGGCCCUGGCACGGGGUCUUCGCGCUGUCCGUGUUGAUGGGCGUCCACAUCAUUCUCCUCAAUCUUGUUCACGUCACCAAGAAGAGAGGCUGGGCCAUCCUGUCAUCGCUAGGUAGGCACCCACCGCCGCCCAACGCCCGACAAUAGUGUCUCUGCCUAUCCAUGUGUUCACACAGGCAUCAACUUGAUGUACUCGUUCCAUCUGAUCAUUUCGUCUUCGCUGGGCAACUCUGACGCCGGCAACAGGAAGCCAUCGAUGGUACGAACAAUAAAGCAGAGACAGCUCCAAUACAAUUAUGUCGCGUCUUUUCUGCGUGACCGCCAACUUACAGGGCAUGUUCGUCUCACUCCGAUCGGAGAACUGGGUGCGUACACAACAGAAGCGCUCCUUCGACUGUGGUCGAAUGGCUACUCCUCCUGUGUCAAUUGCAGGUUCAGUUCCUAUCAGCCUUCGUCCCUCUUUGUUUGGCCAUGUUUCAACUCCGGGCCAUUGAUGCCCUUCUGAUCCUCAAACGAUUCACUGACUGGUACCCAAGCACUCCAUUGAUACACACGACCAUCCAUUUGCGGAUCGCGCCGUGUUGUGCAGGAAACACACACAGACGAAGACGACGCGCCACAGGGCCCGCCAGUACCGGCCGUCGACAGACGGCAGUUUCAUGGUUGACAAGGCGUCGGUGCCGCGCUCAGGAGUUGUGGCGACUGACGAAGUCCACGUCACAAUACGGGACAAGACGGAACACACACACCCGGCAGGUGCUCGCUCGUCAAUCGGCAUCACAGGUACGAGCAGAGCGACCAGUACAAGUGCGACAACACACGACACACGACAGGUGUCGGUCGGUGUGCAGACCUGUUCGGCCCCUUACGAGCGGCCAACAGGAUGCACAGACUGGAGCGGUGGCUCAUCUUGCCUCUGAGGCUGCUGCUGUUGGGCUUUUUCUGGGGCUUUGUCGUCCUCCACCUUGUGCAGCGCAUCAGGGCACCCCAUGUGUGCCCGGAGCGGGUCGAGGGCUGGCGCUUCUGCGCCUUCCCGACACACCCUGUCUUCGGGACGACUGUGCACCCCUUCUGGCCCUGCAACUGCAGGUACUACGGCGCCUCGACAGAGGUCACCCUGACUGACGAGACAGCCGCGAGGACCUUCAUCCACUCACUAGAUGACUUCACGGCCCUCGAGGCGGUCGUCUUUGGCUUCAUCGAGCCCAAGAGCUUCAUGUACGAGCGUGGAGAGGGUCACUAUCGGGGUUUUCGAGCCAACGUGAGCGAGACUCUUCCCCGCGGCGCCUUCAAGCAGCCUUACAUGCGCUUCUGGUGGUCAAACGCCGCUCACAUCACGUAGGCCACACGAACCGCACAGUCAGACAAAGCAAAGCGUCGCCGCUACCGCAAUUGGUGUCAUUCCGUACGUCAGGAGCAUCCCGUCUGGUUUUGCUGAUCUGCCGCUGCUCGAGUAUGUGUCAUUUGCGCUGACUCGUGUGGGGGAGAUCCCCAAUUCGUUCUGCGAUAUGAAGCAGCUCCGGACGCUGCACCUCGGGUCGUCGUUCGUUGAGUCCCUCCCGCCGUGGUGAGUGAGCUUCCGCUGUGCCCAUGUCUCCUCUCUAGCGUUGUCUUGUUUGUGUGCAGCCUUGGCCACCUGCGCGGCCACCUGUAAGGACACAACCGAGGCAGUCACAUCUAAGCAUGACUCUGUUCUGUCUCGAUUUGUUGAUUGAAUAUAGCAAGACGUUUCGGCUGCAGUCAACUCCACUGUGUGAGUGGAUGAUGUGGGCUGGCAGGAGUUCUCGCUGUUGGUGAUGUCGUUCGUUCGUUCGUCGUCUUUUUCCUCUUGGUGCAGGUGCCCGUCUGAGUGCCGACCCCGACUACCCCAUACUCGGAGAUCCCUCACUCACGCCCUCCAGCUCACUCAUGGUCCGUUCACACAGAACCGUGCAGCUACACAUUCCAACGCAGCUUAGCCUUUUGCCUGGAUUCGUUCAGGCCCUGCUCCAAGAGUUGGAUCCCUGCAGCCUGAACCAGCAGGCUGAGAGAGAGGCAGCAGGUAUCUCCGUCUCGACCAGCACCAGCAGCAGUGGCAGGAAGCGGCCUCCUCGCUCGUAUCCUUUGUCGAGCGAGUGCCUGGUGCCCGAGUGCCGGCGGUGGUACGGCUUCAUGACAGAGACGGGACUCGACAGCGAUGGGGACCACAUGAUAUGCUUCGACGAAAUGAAGGCUUCCCACCAUUGGUGUAAGUGCAAGCCGACCUAAGCCGUCUGGGUGCGUGGGCAUGUGUGUCUCUGUGUGUGUGUCAGAUACGUAUGACGAUUAUGCGAAUGAGCUCUGGCGGAUGGAGGGGAAGACUGACCCUGACAACGAGUGCUUCGUGUACACGACCUUCCUACGGAAGGCCAACGGCGAAAAAAGCGACUGUGCUAACUGUAAGCGAGAGCGAGAGGGAGCGAGAGAGAGAGCGGGACACACGCUGCCCUCGGUCUCUAUGUGUGUGUGUGUGUGUGUGUGUGUGCAGGUCCGUGGCUGCCAAGGUGGGCGAUUUGAGGGGCCGAAGUGAGCUUGGGAUGAUAUUGGCCAAUGACGACUGGAGACAGAGCUGAGAGAGCUCCGCUGACCGAUGUGUCUGUCUACAUGGGGGCUACGCUGCGUAUGGUGGAGUGUCUGUCACCUGUGUCUUGUGUUGUUUGUUCAAGCUGUCUUUCAUUCUUCGUCUCCAUUUAUCGCAUAUGUGUGGGUGGGUUGUGGUCUGCCAUCGCAGCAGC